UCCACCCCACCUCUAAUCUCCACUCCCAACACUCUCUCCCUCUCUCUCUCUCUCUCUCUCACACACACACACACACACACACACAAUGACCAACUUAUUAGUCACUUUGUUUAGUACCCUAUGUCUAAGCUUAGCACUAUUCUACACCCAGACUGUUCAUGUUAAGGCACAGUGGCCAGGAGGAAGAUCAACCAGGUUCUAUGAUUUCAAGGUACAAACCAUGACAAUUACUAAGCUGUGUAAAAGCCAAGAAAUCGUCACGAUCAAUAAAAUGUUACCUGGACCAGUUGUCUAUGCCCAAGAAGAUGACAGAGUGAUUAUCAAGGUCACCAAUGAAACCCCAUACAAUGCUACAAUUCACUGGCAUGGCGUCCGGCAGAUACUAUCCUGCUGGUUUGAUGGUCCUUCAUACAUCACCCAAUGCCCGAUCCAAGCCGGACAAACGUUCACAUAUGAGUUCACACUGGUGAAGCAGAAGGGCACCCUUCUAUGGCAUGCUCAUUUUUCCUGGCUUAGGGCCACUGUUUAUGGUGCUAUUGUCGUAUAUCCUAAGGCUGGGGUUCCUUACCCAUUUAAGUAUCCUUAUGAAGAACAUAUCAUUAUCCUAGGGGAGUAUUGGCAGAGGAACCUUGUACAGCUUGAGCAGGCAGUUGUAGCGAGUGGUGGAGGUCCUCCACCGGCAGAUGCAUUUACAAUCAAUGGUCACCCUGGUCCUAACUACAAUUGUUCCAAUAAUGAUGUGUAUAAAAUUGAUGUGGUCCCUGGGAAGACGUACCUACUAAGGCUAAUCAAUGCAGCCCUGAACAUGGAGAACUUCUUUGCCAUUGCUAAUCACAAAUUAACAAUUGUUGAAGCUGAUGCUGAGUACACAAAGCCGUUCACUGCAGACCGUGUGAUGCUCGGACCAGGCCAGACCCUCAAUGUCCUUGUGACCGCUGAUCAGCCGAUAGGAAAGUAUUCCAUGGCCAUGGGACCAUACAUGUCAGCUCAAAAUGUCCCAUUCCAAAACAUUUCAGCAAUUGCCUAUUUCCAGUACUUAGGUGCCAUGCCAAACAGCCUAACUUUACCAGCCCCUCUACCAAGGUUUAAUGAUAAUCUCGCUGUUAAGACCGUCAUGGACGGGCUUAGAAGUCUUAAACCCCGUAAUGUACCAAAAGAAAUUGACACAAACCUUUUCAUCACAAUUGGAUUAAAUGUUCAAAAAUGCCAUUCCAAAACACCAAAAGCGAAUUGCCAAGGCACAAAUGGAGGGGUUAUGGGUGCUUCUAUGAACAACAUAAGUUUUAUUAAGCCUAAUAUUUCACUUUUGGAAGCUUAUUACAAAAAGAUUAACGGUCAAUUUACUGAAGAUUUCCCCGGGGUACCCCUUAAAUUUUAUGACUUUGUUAAUGGGGCACCUAAUAACAUCCCUAAUGAUACCAACUCAAUGAAUGGGACUAGGACCAAGGUUCUCGAGUAUGGAAGUAGGGUGCAACUCAUUUUGCAAGACACCGGAACGCUCACAACUGAAAAUCAUCCCAUUCAUCUUCAUGGCUAUAGCUUCUAUGUCAUCGGAUAUGGUACUGGGAAUUAUAACCCACAAACGGCGAAUUUCAACUUGGUGGAUCCGCCUUACAUGAACACCAUUGGAGUUCCAGUAGGUGGAUGGGCUGCAAUUCGAUUUGUUGCAGACAAUCCGGGGGUGUGGUUUAUGCACUGUCACCUUGAGAUACAUUUGACAUGGGGCUUGUCCGUUGUGUUUAUUGUAAAGAAUGGGCAAGGACCUCUAGAGACCCUUCCUCACCCUCCUGCAGAUCUGCCUCGGUGCUAGAGGAUCGUUGGAUUGUUGUUAAUAAUACAAAAUGGAUGGUUGUGAUCUUUCCAAUCAAGAAUUCUUUGGGACAAGCGUGCAAUUUGUUUGGUCCAUUUCUUUGGAAUUGUGGUGUAAAGAAAGUAAUGAUUGGGUGCAAUAAAACUGGAAAUUGCUUUUGCAUUCAUUUGUUUGAGUUUUAUGUAUGUGUAUCUUUUCUUUUUCUUUUUUUUCUUUUCUUUUUCUAUUUGGGUAAAUUUUAUAUAUGGAUACAUACAAUUUGACGUACUCACCUGCCCAGAUGUGGAUGGUUGAUCUAAUGAAGAACUAGGGUUUGGCAUGGUAGAACUAUCACAAAUGAAAGUCAAUUCUCUCUCUUAUUGGAUAAAACUAUUUUUUUCAAAUACUUAUCUAUACAAGGUUUUAGUAAAGUAGGGAAAAAAAAUUUGGUGAAGAUAAUUGUACAACA